CUGUCCUGCGCACAACCUCUGCGCAGUAGAAACACAUGUGGGUACAGCUUAGGAGAUUUUCGUGCAGUAUUAGAAUUUGAGCCAAAAUGAGCAAGGAAAAGCUUGGAGACCUGGCCGGGAGGAUGGGGAAGGCGCCCAAGGGUCUGGGGACGGGGAUGAAGCUCCUGGCCGCCGCUGCCGCCCUGGGCUACGGUGUGCAGCAGGCCAUGUACACAGUGGAUGGUGGUCAUCGUGCCAUCAUCUUCAGUAGGAUAGGAGGUAUACAGGACAGUAUCUACACUGAGGGACUCCACUUCAGAAUUCCCUGGUUCCAGUAUCCCAUCAUAUACGACAUCCGCAGCAGACCACGUAUUAUAUCAUCCCCUACUGGCAGCAAGGAUCUGCAGAUGGUGCAGAUUUCCCUCCGUGUUUUGCACCGCCCCAAUGCCCUGAUGCUUCCACGUAUGUACCAACAUCUGGGAUUGGACUACGAUGAGAGGUUGCUCCCUUCAAUUGCCAAUGAGGUUCUUAAGAGUGUUGUGGCUAAGUUCAAUGCAUCUCAGCUCAUCACACAGCGUCAACAGGUGAGUCUUUUGGUUAGAAGGGAGCUUACAGAGAGAGCAAAGGACUUCAAUGUGAUCCUGGAUGAUGUGGCCAUCACUGAACUGUCCUUCGGAAAGGAGUACACAGCUGCUGUGGAGGCCAAGCAAGUUGCUCAGCAGGAGGCGCAGCGUGCACAGUUUAUUGUGGAGAAGGCCAAGCAGGAGCGUCAACAGAAGGUGGUCCAGGCUGAGGGUGAAGCCCAGGCAGCUAGGAUGAUUGGUGAGGCCAUUUCUCAGAACCCUGGGUACCUGAAACUACGGAGGAUCCGAGCUGCUCAAAGCAUCGCCAGAACAAUUUCCCAGUCUCAGAACCGAGUGUACCUGAAUGCGGCCUCUCUUAUGCUGAACCUUGGAGAGGACGAUUUGAAGGCGUCUGCUGAAGGCUUAAGGAAGAAGUAGUGAGACUUCAUCCUUGUGACUUCUGUAUACAGAUUCCCAUUCCUGAGUUCUACAUUCAUUAGUCUUUAGGCAGUACUAUUGCGUCAGGUCAUCAGUUUUGACAACAUAGCUACUCAUACUGUGUAGGCAUAUGCAUACAAACUUAAACAGUGUUUGCUACACUGUUGCUGUAUAAUACUUUAUAUCACUCAGGUGAUCAUGCUAAAUACUCAAGUCAAAAUGGUUGGAAUAUUAUGGCUCUUGGCGUGACUGAUACACUGACUUCUUCAUAUCUUAAAGUGAAUAGGAAUCCUUGACAGAUAUAAGAUGGAUCUUUUAUGUCAAAGGAAAUUUUGCAUUGUCAAGACUUAGUGUCAUUAAGACUUA